GGCGGGCCCUUGAUUCCGCUGACCUGAUCCCAGAGCACACCAGAUCUUCGUGCUUAGACUCUGAUACGCAACGAUGAAGCCGGCCUUGCAGCCUCCAGAUAGCACUGGACUGUCGGCUCUGUCCCAGCACCCCCAACGAAUCUCGCUCUCCUCUCCGAUAUUGGCUUCAGCUAUCGACCUCCCACCGAACCCGUUGAUAUCCUGUUCGGUCUUCAUCGCCACACGCGCUCCUACUCCGACGGAACAACUGACGGCUAUCGAGAAUGCUAGGAGGCGUAUAGUUGCAGACUACACACCACUCCCGAUGGCUCAGUCUCUCCUGCCCAGUGUACAUGUCACUAAGGACCGUGUCAGCUUAUACCUCUUCGCUUUUGGUUCUACUAUGGAUGCAUCGGCGGCGCAGAUGCCCUUGAGCCUCGGGACGAGAAAGACGAGACACCUCCUGCAGCUGAAAAUGCUGUUAUGCGAGAGUGGCGCCGUUUUAUAUCGUCAAUCCUUCACUUAUAUUUCCUGUGUUCGUGUGGCUGAGCGGAACGGACCUUGCACAAUGGGGGGGCCGGGUUUGCUUGCCCACGCUAAGCGCUGCAUUCAGAAAUUCGACACGUACUCGUUCACACCCGAUGGCAUAUAUCCAUGUUCGCUAUCCUGUGCGACUCAACGGGUUCCCUGCGCUGUCUGCAUACAGCAGAGAGAGGCAUCCUCCUUCGCUACGCCGUCUUCACAGGCGUCUCCGACCUGUAGCCUUCCUCGAAAGCCUCUCCGACUGCCAUUGGUUCAAUUCAUUCAAGCGGUCAGAGAUAGGAUUAUUGACGACAUUGUACGUUCAUCUUCUGAGACAUCCGAGAGAUGGACUGGCCGACUUCAAGGAGGUUUUUUGUUAAGCCCGCUCUCUCCUGCAGACGAUGGCGAAUGGGGUGCUGAAUGGGAGCAUUACGGCCGUUCCCGGCCGUUUGUGCACUGCGAACUGCAAAUUAGCCUAUCUCAGACACGCCUCGUUAUCCUUCCCAUACUGCGAACCACUCAGUAUUUGCCGCUUACCACAUCCCUCAGCUUGCCUACGGGCACUCCAAUCGUGCUUCUACCUCACGGGACCCCUGCCUUCUAUCUCAACACAUACUCAGGUGCUCUGGGGAAUCUGACGCAUCAAUUCGAAGAUGCUCUGUUUGGCCUUGGCGUAGGAAACUGGAAGAGCGCACCAGUCAAUGAAUCGACAAACUCCCCAUGCUAUCUCAUUGCGUGGGUCUCAGUCCAGAAUAAACAAGGCGAGGAGAAAGGUCUUCCGGUAAUCUGGCCAACGACGCUGUCGGUUCUUCCGGAUGGUACAUGCCCUCAAGCUCGACACAAAUUGGCUUACCUGCCUGACUUGCCCGCACAGUUGCUAGCUUCACCGCCUGCGGUGCCUGCACAAGCACCGCCAAUCACCUUUCCACUCAGCGCUCUCAACUCGUCGGUUUCCCCUCUGCCUUCUGCCAGUGAUGUCUCUCCGUCGCCUUGGAUGACCACCAGAGAGCGACCCAUCGCCACCCGACGGGAGUUUAGUUGUCCUCUCUCGAAUCAUUCCCCAACAUCGGAUUCGCUGAGAGCGUUCCGCUCUUUGACGAUUGGCGAGAGGAACAUACAUGCUGUUGCGCGCGAUGUGAGCACUUAUGUGGAUUCCAUCGCGAAAGAGCGGGAAAGGGAGAGAGAACGGUUGAAGCGUGAACGCGAAGGGAGCUCAUCGAGGGUCCCGACAAGCCCGCAGAAACAGGAAUUUGCUCAGUCGCCAAUCGUUGCAGCUGGGCACGAGCAUGGACUUACACCGGCAGGCGUUCAGCAGGCCUCUUUGUACGCAACCGAAGACCGAGUUCCACUCAAACGCGAGGAAUCACCGAUCGCAUUUGUCUCAUGGGACGCAAUAACGAACGCAAGCACAGGCGACACAGGUGAACCUCUACCACCGAUCGGUGUAGCAUCUCCUGCGGGUAUUUCUGCUGGGAUGCUGUCCACAGACAUUGCCGAUAAGCUACCGGGGACUGUUGGAUUACCCAGUGGUGAGGUGGAAAUGGUUGUCGACGACGACGUGGCGAAGGAGUUCGACACAUUCAAUGGGCUUGACGCAUCAUGGCCUCAAUCUUCGACUGACCUCAUGAACAUGGAUAUGCCCUUGGACCACUACAAUUUUGCUAUGGACAUGUCCGGUACCAACAACAAUGAGUCUACCAACAUCAACGUCGACGACGGCUUUGGGAUGUUCACGGAUGAUGACUUCGACUUCUUCGAUCGCCCUCAGCCGAGCAGUAGCCAUACUUCGAGAUCCGCACUGCCACUGUCUGCAGCAGCAAAUCCCGAUGCGCCAAUGUCAGCCGCACUUAGAGGACUUCAGACGUCAGGACCCGGACCUCCAGUCACGCUCAAUGGCGAGCACCCAGCUCCGUGGACGGCUCACUUCGGGCUUGAAGGCUUGACACCUCGUUCGCUUCCCGCUUCUACCCCUGGACUUCUGCCUGCUCCUGAGCUCGUUCCUUCAACCCCAUUACAAACUCCAUCUGUUCAGUCGGGACCAGCUACUCCGACAGUCAUGCUGGAUCAUCACAUCCACAUUAGACGCAGCUCUACCAGUAGUCAAGGAUCUAUCAAUUUCGAUCCCAUACCGUUCUCCCCUGCCCACAAGGCAAAAGAUGGCAAAUAUACGGUCGGCAAAUUCGCACUCCCUACACCACCACCAGACGAUGUGGAGCGUAUAUGGCCGCACUCCAGAAGGUCGCAAGAGCCGUCUCUACCACCCAUGGGCUGGAGAUUUAGCUACGGUUCUGCUACUGAUCCGCGCAUUGCCGUCGUGCGUCGCUUAGUCGGCGCAAAGCGCAAACGUCUGGGCGAAGAUGAGAACGGCCGAGAUGGGCGGAUGUCUCCCGCUUGGAUGCACGAGCAUGAGGAGUGGGCGCACUCACCAUUGAGCCAGGAAGGCCUCGAGGGCGACUCGAGGACAGACUCAGAUCUCGAUGUUGACGAGGACGCGGCGUACGAAGAUCGAAGCGCAUUGACCUCUUCACGCUCUUUCACACCACCACUCUCCCACCUUCCACUCGGCCCAAGCCUAGUCGCAACAGCUUUCCAUCAUAGCUACUUGCUUCCACUAAGCACCCCCCUGCGUCCUCCUGGUGCGGUCACCGUACACGGUAACGUCGACAUCGGUGCAGGGCCUAUGUCUGUACCCACUCCAGUGUCUCCAGCCGCUACACUAGGCACUGCAUCGGAGCGCACCAGGUCUCUCGAGAGUACUGUUCAAUUUCUGGUAAAAGAGCUUGUGGAGAAUCCCAUGUGGGCAGACGCGUGGCACGCAAACCUCAGCGUACACUCCUCAUUUUUUCCCAGCUCCUAUAUCUGGUUAGGCGAUAUUCGUUGUGUGAUGACGAUGCUACAUACCGUCUCUGGUAUGCACUCACCUAUCGAGCUUGGAAACGCAUACAAUUCGGACACCGAUCUCAGUUUCCGAGAGCUCGAUCCCCCGAUGUUCGCUGUCGGCAAAUCGGAUGCGCUCAUGCAAGUUCUCCCGACAGCUUUGCGAUUCUGGGAGAAACUAGGCUUAAAACCUCGGAGCGGUAACAAGGAUGUGACUGCCUUCGUGUUUUUCGAAGCCAGGAACGAAGCUGGGGAAGUGGAGCUGAGUGAUUGGCUCGAGUCGUUGGGGCAAACCUACAUGACGAAGAAUUUCGGUAGUCAUAUCGCAGGACGCGCUGCAGGAUGCACCAGAGACGGCCUCGUGCCCGUACAGUUUGAUAGUUUUCGGAAAACUCUUGUAUCGUUUAUGCCAGGUCUUCCGGACUUUGGAACCUCCGUAGUCAUCUAUAUCGUCAUCCCCACACACAUGAUCACUCUCGCCUCCGCAUCCUUACGACAAAUAUUCUCUGCCAUAAGGAAGAUAAAAAAGGAAAGGGCACAGCGUGACAGGUCUCUUCUUUUCCACCUGGUCCCCGAGCCCUUCGCUAGUGGCAGCCUAGACAACCCGGCCAUGCGCUAUCUUAGCUUCGAGACCAUAGUGGAAGCGGUGUACGACCGCAUACCCGUCCUCACUCGAGGAGCACUCGUUGCACAAGGAGAUCGCGUGCAAGGGGAUCGCGUGCAAGGAGAUCGCAUGCAAGGAGAUCACAUGCAAGCUUUGUUUCAAGAGCCUUCAUUUGUGUUGGCGAGGCCAUUGUCUAGGAGGCCUACCUUCCAUCUUGAGGCCCGCACAAGUACUUUGGACGUCAUGGAACGUUUCUCAAUCCUGCAUGUCGGAUAUCGUGUCUCGCCUUGCGGGAAAUGGCUGUUGGUCGCAUGCGUAGACCAGAGGGGCGAGAUGCACGAGCUGAAGGCUUGGUUGGUACCCGGUGAUAAUCUGGAGGCAUUUGUCGUCAAGAGCGUGUGGGCAAUGGCACUUAACAUUGCGGGGAGAGUCAAUGUCGAGUGGCGCAUUGCCAUCACGAAACACGGGGCUAUGAACGAACUUGAGCUAUGCACUUGGAGAAGCCAGCUGUCAACUGCAGAGCACGCCUCACCGCCCUCUGAGGUGCUAGUCUUGGUUGCUGACCAUGGUCGCCCUUGGACCUUCUUGCUACCCGAGCACGCAGAGUAUCAGAAGCCCCCGAAAUCGCCCUACCGUGUUCACAAGCAGUCACCAGGGACCGUGCUGCACGAAAUCUCCUCGACGUCGUUCUUCGUCUACUCUGGCGCGCCUUCAUCCCUCUUACUCGAUGCCCCAUACCCACUUUCCCCUUCCCAUCCAUUCGUUCCUGACGUUGAGGAAGAGUGUGCUCCCCCCUGCUAUAUUGUCCGGCCGCUCGCUUCCGCUACAGUGCUACGCGUCCCUACUGGAAUAGAUCACACGUCUGUUUCCAUGCUACACAUUCAUCUCUUGCAUAAGACUCAUCUACCGCAACUCUUGUCAUUGCCAACGGAACACGCAGCCCUCAAGGAUAUCGCGCGAAACUAUCACGACCUUUCUGUCCUGGCUAGACACAGGUGGAAGUUCAGGGCGAAUCCUGUUCUUCCUUUCCAUCUUGCCGCUCUGGAAGUGAUAAGUACCGCGCUGGCAUGCGAUGAAUAUCUCACUGACUGAUAUUUUUCUCGUAAUCUUUCUCGCUUGGGUUCCCUAGCUGUGGUCAUUAUCUUGAUUGUACACCUCGACAGCUCUUUUCGCAUUUGACCAACAUCAUCCGAUACCUCACCCACACUCACAAGUCGCAUCCAACACUGCUCAAUACUCCCCCAUAGAUACUACUCAUCGCAUACCUACUGUAGUGUAGUACCCUAAUUACGAAUCAUUUGAGCGGGCAGAUUGUCUGUUCAAACAGUUACGCAUAAGAGCUUGACCGAAUAGUUAUAGCCUAUAUAUUGAACCGUAUACAAUAAUGAUGAAGAGUACUGUACAUUGAUUAGGAAUAUGAAGAAGACGAGAGUGGUAGGGAGAAUGAUCAAUCCAUUUCCGUCUGAUCUCUUGGUCGGUAUUUGAUACCUCGACUUUCGAGCUCUGCCUCGACGUCUUCUGGGACGCGGCCCUUCACGCGGACGGCAUACAUCCCGCGAACAUAUUUUGCUAAAAGAUACUGCGUCAAAACGAGUAGGUAAGGUAUAGAAGCAAAGCGAUGUACACGUUCUUUGCCACCGGGCAACCCAGCUUUCUUCCGGAUUUAUGACGGCAAUUACACCAUCAAAAUGCGUGGUCGUACAUGACUGUAUUCUAUCUGGUGCCCCCCUCAGCUGUGUACAUAGGUUUGCGUG